AAUUUUAUGCGAAAUUACACAUAUUUGCAGUCGCUUUGGAUUUUGUUAGUUUACUUUAAAACAAUGACGUAACAUACAUAACAUACAUCUUAGCUUGCCCCCGCGUUUGUGUGUGUUUAAUGUACACACAGCAGCUAAUUCCGCGAUAGCAUAAAUUGUUGGGCUCUUUUUGGAAAAUUUAACACUGACGUUACUCUAAUGCAGACCACUGUAAUUGUCUUAUAAUUUUUAAAAGAUAGCGGACGUUGUUAGCCCCAGCGCAAACUACUAUGCUAACGUAGCUAGCCAAGCUAAGUUGUGUUCACUGUGAGUUUAUUUUUGAAAUGUGAAAUUUAUUUUUUGAAGGGAAGCAUUUUAUGUUAGUAAUUGUUAAGAAACGCUUCUAAAUUUUCGUAACGUUACGGGGUGAAGUUCAACCCCAUUGGCUUCUGCGCAGGAAGUGCAGUCGCCAUUAGUCCGGUGUGUCUGUUGACCGCUAAGAGCGGUUCUUCACCGGCUGCUCGGCCUAUUUUCACAGGCACGACUUUCUGGUGUUAUACACUGUCCUGGCGUUGCAGAUCUAGGGGUUCCAGUUAAGACGUGGUCAGCCUUCUAAAGAAAGUGGGAAUCUCACCGAAAUAUUCAAUUACUUUGCUGUGUUUCUUGCCAGGACUAAGGCUCAAACCAUCAUCUUCUCCUGGUAUCGAAUACCAAGGGACCUUCUGAAGUAAGCUUUAACAAGAUGAGGAGGAGCUCAACACAGACCUUGCAAUGCAAAUCAUGAAGAUUGCUAUCAUUGGUGAUGGGCCUGCAACCAUCAUCGUUGAGGGAUCCAAGAUCCUGGAGAGGAUUGAUGUUGCCAGAUCCUGUGCUUUGAUGAUGGGAGUAAUCUACGCUCUGAACCUUACCUAUCCCAAGCAGCUGAAAUUUACCUUUGAGGUAUUUCAAAAGCUAUGCCUUGAGCUUGAUGGACAAAAAGCCAGCCCUAAAGUAAUGAAUCUUAAGUUUGGUAUUUUCUAGAGCAGACUUGAUAGACCAUUCGUGAGUGAGUUUCACAAAAACCUUAUUCCUGCAUUUCUGGCACUACUUCAUUGUGUUUUACUAAAUUUUAAAGCGCUGUUCUUAAGUCUUCUGAGUUAAUGUUUUGCCGUGUCUUAAAUGCUGUUAUUUGCACAUUUUUAAGGAAUGCGUUUAAUUUCUUCCAUGACCUGUGUUCUGAGGGUACUGGUGUGUUUUAAAGUUUGUGUAAUGCCCUCUUUAGCUGGCCUUAAUCUUGAGGGUGAAAAGUCAAAUAUAGAAGAGAAUCAAGAAUACUUUGUAAGAGUGCUGACAAAGUUGAAUGAAAGAAGCUUUGCUCAUUUUAUGUUUAAAUUAGUGCAUUUAAUGUAUAGCAGCCUGUCAUCUUUUGUUUUGAUUCACUGUCACAUGUUAAAGUAAAAAAAAAAGAGGAUUCAAGUAGUAGGUUGUAUUACAGUUUUAAUACACAGUUCCUUAAGUUUCAGCGGGCAAUUUGUGUUCUAGGAAACUGAAGCCCACAAAUCUUGCACUUCGCACGCACGUUAAAGAAUUGUGAUGUUUGUUAUUGGAAUUAAAUGGGUCUAACUCAUUUGAAUACAUCUGUCUGAAUUUCUAUUCUUUCUGAGCACCAGGUACAAGUCCCUUAGCUGAUGUCCAGGUAUUUGGCAUCACAUCUGCCGCAUUCAAACAAAUACACACAACAUCCAUUUCUUUUUCUGAAGGUCAUGACACAAGAGCACACAGUGCAUGUUAAGGCUGACCUUCGUUUGGGGAAAAAAGUGAUCGACAAGUUUAUAAGGUCUUAGAACCUUGACUUCUUUGUGGGCAGGCACCACCAUGCAUGAGCCUGCCCACGCAGUAGUCAUGGUUAUAAGACACAGCCAAAUGAUCAAGGUUGUAUUUUGGAGCGACUUAGCCUGCUGGGAAACAGGUAAAUGCCCUUAUAGAAUCUCCUGUAGGACAAAAAAAUUACUACACUGUAACCAAAAUAUCAUAUUUGACCAACAUAAAUACUAUUUAUGCCGACAGUUAAGUUCAUUUUAAUUAUAAAUGUGUUUUAUUUUGAUCAAAAAGUUAUUUCACCAUACAUAAAUAUAAUCUUGGAUCAACUUAAAUUCCUGUGUAUUUGUUGACAAUUAUUAAGUUCAUGUUACUCAGAAUGUGUUUUUUUUUGUGGCCAAAAAGUAACUUCACUAUACAUAAAAUUCACGUUGGAUCAACUUAAAUUUUUGUGUUCUAGUCGAAAAUUAUUAAGUUAAUUUUACUUAAGAAUGUGUUUAAUUGUGGCCAAAAAGGCUACUUCACCAUACUCAAAAAUAUUGCUUUGAAUUAAUGUUAUUCUGCCAGAAGUUGGCUUAACUCAAAAAUUCUAGUGGAAAACGUUAACAUGUUUUUUUUAUUUGAACCAAUGUUUUAUUUAUUAGAGUGUACCGCCAACGUGGCUGGAAGUUCGACGUUAGAAGCAAUGUAUGUUCCAGAAUAAGAAAAGAAGAAACGUUCUUGACGGCGCAGUGUGUGUGGUUCGAGAACACAGCGGAAAAGAGGCUUGCAAACUUAAAAAGAGGAAACACCAUUAUUGGCGCUUUGGACGGCAACGACCACGACUUCACCAAUAGAGGGCGACAUUGACCAUCAUAAACUACAGCUCUGCAACUCUCUGCCGCUGCACACAGCAAAAACUGUAUAAUCCCUGGCGGCCUUCAAGGAAAAGAUAACGGCUCUGCAGUCAGCGUCAGGUUGGGCUGUGAUGUAUGCACAACUGUUAGUAAAGUUUGGAGAGGUCUAUUAAAAUAAUAAUUUAUUUUGUAUGAGAAAGGUACUGAGUUAAAGGUAACCAACCUGUCAUUAUAGCCAAACUGUUCCCUUUUAUUUUACAAGUGGUGUUGUUUAAAGUGUUCUAAUAAUGUUUAAGAGUUCAACUUAAAAGAAGACUAACAAGGGGUGUAGUUAAGCAAAUUCUUGCAAGACUCAGAUUGUAUUGAGAAUUAUAUGUUUGCCAGGAUCGCAUGUACAUAUAGCAACAACUUGUUUAUGCAGCAGGUUUGCUGAAACAUGUACAAUGUCGGUAAACACAGAAAAAUCACAUAUUGAAGAAUGCAGAGAACAAAUUGAUUCCCUUAAGGAAGAGCUAAGUAGAUUGAAUGAACAAUUGAAAUUACAGACUGAUGAUGUUCAAAGGGAGAAAUUGGAGUUACUCAUAGGUGAUAUUCAUGCUAAAGUAGAAAUCAAGCAGAAGCCUGCCUCCAAUACUUCAAGACUAGAGCCCAGGAAAUCCUCAAGGGAGCGAAAGUUAACGCCCAAAAUGCUAGAACUUAAGCAACAAGAGUUUUCUCAGAAGGAGAGUAAAUUUAUCAAACUAUAUGAAAGCUGGAAAGAACAAGUUAAAGCUACACGUUCCAAACUUAAAGAAGAGUGCUCUGACCAGGAAUUAGCUGACAUGAUGGAUACUGUCGAAGGGCUGGAGACACAAGUGAAAAAUACAUACGAAGAUAUGAGAUCGCAGUCAGCCCCUUCUACUGAGACUAGAAGAAAAAUUGAUUCCUGCACAGCAGUUACAGCGGACUUGAUGAGAAUACUUAAAGUACGUAUGAGUGAAGUGGGGCAAGAAGAGUUUGAUGCUAAGGCAGAAAAUGCGAGACUUCACAUGGUGCUAGACAGAGAAUAUGCUCAGUCAAUAUUUGGGACUACAAUCUCCCGACCUGCUGUACGUAGCUGCCGCUCAAGCUGUUUAUCGGAGCAGCAAAGCAUCAAUGCAAAAAGGGCAGAAUGCGCUGCACAGCUUGCCGCGAAGCAAGCCGAGAUAGAGAUGGAGGAGGCUAUUGCUACACAAAGGCAAGAGCUUAAAAGACUAGAAAAUCAGCGAGAUCUUCAGGUAAUAACUGCAAAGCUAAAGGCUUAUUCUCAAACAGAUUCAAGUGAAGCCUGUGGAGAAGACAAAAGAGCACUCAGUGAGGUAGUCAGUUGUCCUCCAUUAGCUCCUGAAGAAAUCAUACCAAAGCAAAACUACAAGAAUAAUAACAAUGAACAACCAAACAAUACUAACAAUGAGUCAUUGUUAAUGCAAGCCUUGCAUGACACAAUGGUCCUCACCAGACUUCCUGCACCUGAGCCCCCAGUCUUCUCAGGGGACCCACUUAAGUUCUUAGAGUGGAGCACUAGUUUCAAAGCUUUGAUAGAACGGCGAUGCACAAAUCCAGCUGACAGGUUGUUCUACCUACGCAAAUACAUCAGUGGAGAAGCACGGUCUGUAUUGGAGGGAAGCUUUUACAGAAAUGAUAUAGAAAGAAAAGCACAUGCUUUGCCAUCAAACUCAGUCACAUGUAUUUGCUGUGGAGAAAGCCAUUCUAUUCACAAAUGCCAGACCUUUGUUAAAAUGUCCGUGGAGAACAAGAGAAAGUUCAUACUCGACAAUAACCUGUGCUUUGGCUGUCUCAGAAGAGGACACAAUUCAAAAGACUGUAAGCGCAAGGCGACUUGUGGGGUUUGUAAAAAACAUCAUCCAACAGCUCUUCACGAAGACCGUCCAACGACUGCAGUGAACACAUCAUCACAUAGAAUGCAGGCAGAAGAAAACAUCUCUGCACUUUCUUGUUGCAUGGACAGAGGAGGAGCACAUCCAUGAUAGUCCCUGUGUGGGUUUCUUCAGCCACCACUCCAGAGAGAGAGACCUUAGUGUAUGCUCUAUUAGAUACACAGAGCAGCAACACUUUUGUAGAUCAAGGGGUAUGUGAGGAGAUGGGGAUGAGUUUAGAGCCAGUGAAGUUAAAGCUAACCACUAUGAUGGGAAGAGAUUCCAUUGUUCAGAGCGAAAGAGUUAGUGGGCUCAGAGUUAGAGGGUUUUCCUCCAAAAGCUUUAUCAACUUGCCACUUGCCUAUACCAGAGACUUCAUCCCACUUGAACGUUCACACAUUCCCACCUCUGAAACUGCCAAAAGAUGGAAACAUCUAAUCAGAAUAGCACAGGAGAUGCCCGAGUUAAUGGAUUGCAAGGUCGGACUGUUAAUAGGCUAUGACUGUCCUAGAGCACUGGCACCACGGCAGGUAAUCGCGGGAGGUGACGAAGAGCCAUAUGCAAUCAAGACAGACCUGGGCUGGAGCAUUGUUGGCAGUUCACAAAAAAUGGCAACAUCAACAGAAGUGACAGGCCUGUGCUAUCGCUUAUCUGUUAAGGAACUUCCACCCUUGACACCAGCAACCAUCAUCAGAGUACUUGAGUCAGAUUUCAAAGACACAGCUCCUGGAGAAAAGAGCAUAUCACAAGAUGACAUACAGUUCAUGCAACUGCUAAAUGAGAAAAUACACCAGAAUGCUGAUGGGCACCUAGAGAUGCCUCUUCCCUUUAAGGCACGCCCUCAGCUGUCAGAAAACAAGCGUCUGGCUCUGGUGCGACUUAAGCACCUGAAAGGGAAGUUUGAGAAAAAUCCCAAAUUUAAGGACGAUUAUGUAAGGUUCAUGGCCAAUGUCUUCAAGGAAGGUGAUGCUGAAAGAGCUGAAGAUGAUCCCAAAGAAGGAAAUACGUGGUAUAUUCCACAUCAAGGCGUCUAUCAUCCAAGAAAACCAGAAAAAAUCAGGGUUGUGUUUGACUGCUCUGCAAAGUACAGUGGCACAGCUCUGAAUGAUCACCUCUUGACUGGGCCUGACCUCAUCAACAGUUUGACUGGAGUACUCUGCCAAUUUCGCCAACACCCAAUUGCAAUCAUCUGUGAUGUAGAGAAGAUGUUUCACAGCUUUCAUGUAAACAGAGAGGACAGAAAUUACUUGCGAUUCCUGUGGUGGGAAAAUGGUGAAACAAACACAGAGCCAAAAGAAUAUCGCAUGAAAGUCCAUCUUUUCGGGGCCGCAUCCUCACCAGGCUGCGCAAAUUAGGCAAUGAAGUAUCUUGCGAGCCAAAAUGAAAGGGAACAUCCCACAGCAGCCAACUUCAUCAGAAGUAGUUUCUAUGUUGAUGAUGGGCUAAUCAGUGUAAAAACUGUGAAUGCAGCCAUUGAACUAGUGAGAGAUGUGCGGAAGGUGUGUGCAAAGGCAAGACUACGGCUCCACAAGUUCAUAUCCAACAACAGAGAAGUCCUGGAGUCAAUUCCAGAUAGUGAACGAGCUAGUGGAGCCCAGGAUGUGGACAUCAGUC